UUCGUCUCCUGAACCAGACUGUGUAGAUCGGGAAUUUCGUUUCCCUUUGUUAUCAAGAGACCGUUUUGACUUACGACCAUCUGAAUUGGUAUGCUGGCUACUUGGAAAGAGCAGACGACGCCUUUUACGUUUCUGGUCAAAAGGUCACAUGUCAAAGUAAUAGUGCUUGUAAGAUGAAUUUCGUAAUAGCAGCAGGGCUAAAGAAUGCUUCGAUCUUGGAUAAUCAAGUUCAAGGUCCCGGCACACGGGCAACAUCUGUAACAUGUAAACUCAAUUAAUUUCUGCAAGAUAUAUAGAUAACGCUUCGACUAACGAUAUCCCAAACAAGUGUGUUGGUUAUUCUUAAAGAAAGGAAGUGGCCAAAAAUGUUGAGGUUAAUUAACUGGACAGGCGUGUUUUUUUUACAUACGAUAUGUCGUAUAUAUUAGUUCGCUGUCAAUAUGGAGAUGGGAUACGCCUGUCGAUUUGAACAUGAAGAAAUCAAAGAUCACUAAGGCUUUUGCUAUUGAAAAACACAAUUUACAUACUGAUGCAUUGGCUGUAUGUCGGGGAUAUGAAUAUUUUUCGAACAUCAUUUUUCACUUGUAUAGUACUCUUCUGUGGUCGUUAUGGCUUCAAGCAGGUAAUGAUGUUUCCAGAUUUAAGAAAAAACAUCAUUUAAUUUACACACUGCUUCAGAAACCCGUUUUCUCCGGACUUCCGGCUACGUUGUCGCCGGCACGUAACGACGGCUUUCAGACGGCGACGUUACUUUGCACGUUCAGCGUCACGGACGCCAACGACCAGAUUAUUAUCACGUGCUUGAUACAGUUUAGUAACUUCGAGCUGUUUCGGGAAUUCCCGGCGCCGAUGGACAGCUUCUUCAACCUGGUUCCCGGCACGGCGCCGACAUUUGCGAUCUGGGUCAAAGCCAGCGUGACGUUGGACUCAGCGUCAUCACUCUCCUCGUUAACGUCCAGUGCGUUGACGACAGAUCACCCGCGAAUACCAUUACCGAAACGUUCACUGUUCCCUUACUUGACGAGGAAUUUAAAGCUGGUUCGGUGGCUGUGCGACGCCAUUGGGGAAGUUCACAACUACGGACCCGGAUACGACAUGUUCUGUGACGUCACCUGUGACAACAGUCUAUGAGAUCAGAAAAAUUUCGUCACCGACCGAUCCCUAGAAACCGGAGUUCGAAGUGUGGAUCAGAAACGCCGUUACCCAGGCCUCUAUCGACUUCAAUGACUAGGCUGUUCCGCUGCCGCUAACAAUCAAGUGCACAGACGGAAACGUUGUCAAUGACAUCACGGGGAUGUUUAACGUCAACAUC